AUGCUGUGGAACAUUCUGGGGAUGUUUUGGACGGGCCCUAAAAUAGCAUUCUGGCGACAAGCCGCGCUUGACUGCGGGUGCACGAAUAAAGCCGGUAAUACGAUACUUCUACACUCUUCCAUCUCUGGUGCUUGGGUGAAUCUAGAGUUUGCCUUAAAACCGCUGGAGAUAAGCCAGGAUUGCAGGUCGUUGACCGUCCAGUUCUAUUGGCUCCCUGGUAAAGUUUAUCCUCAUUCGACUUCGCUAACCUCGGCUCCGGCUUUUGGUCAGAUCAACACUGCGCGCUUUACAUUCAACAACUCUCGGACCAAUAGUUCAAUGCGAUCCGGUGAUACCGUGGUGCUACAAACCAAAAACCCACGAAAUCUGCCCCUCCCGUCCUUCCAGCUACUGGAGAUGCAGUAGUACUUGCAUCGUGCAGCUGUACUCGGUUGACUUGUCAGCACUCUGAAACCGUUGUCUCUAGA